AUGGCCCAGAGCAAGAGGCACGUGUAUAGCCGGACUCCCAGUGGCAGCAGAAUGAGUGCUGAGGCAAGUGCCCGGCCUCUGCGAGUGGGCUCCCGCGUGGAGGUGAUUGGAAAAGGCCACCGUGGCACCGUGGCCUAUGUUGGAGCUACCCUCUUUGCUACUGGCAAAUGGGUAGGUGUGAUCCUGGAUGAAGCAAAAGGCAAGAAUGACGGGACCGUCCAAGGCAGGAAGUACUUCACUUGCGAUGAAGGACACGGCAUCUUUGUGCGCCAGUCCCAGAUACAGGUAUUUGAAGAUGGAGCGGAUACUACUUCACCAGAGACACCUGAUUCUUCUGCCUCAAAGGUCCUCAGAAGAGAGGGAACUGACUCAAAUCCAAAGACCAGCAAACUGCGAGGACUGAAGCCUAAGAAGGCACCGACAGCCCGAAAGACUACAACUCGGCGGCCCAAGCCCACCCGCCCAGCCAGCACUGGGGUGGCCGGGGCCAGUGGCUCCCUGGGCCCCUCCGGCUCAGCGUCAGCAGGUGAGCUGAGCAGCAGUGAGCCCAGCACCCCAGCUCAGACUCCGCUCGCAGCGCCCAUCAUCCCCACGCCGGCCCUCACCUCUCCUGGAGCAGCACUCCCACUUCCUUCCCCCUCUAAGGAAGAGGAGGGGCUGAGGGCCCAGGUGCGGGACCUGGAGGAGAAGCUGGAGACCCUGCGGCUGAAACGUGCAGAAGACAAGGCAAAACUGAAAGAGCUGGAGAAGCACAAGAUCCAGCUGGAGCAGGUGCAGGAAUGGAAAAGCAAAAUGCAGGAGCAGCAGGCAGACCUGCAGCGGCGCCUCAAGGAGGCUCGCAAGGAAGCCAAGGAGGCCCUAGAGGCAAAGGAGCGCUACAUGGAGGAGAUGGCUGACACCGCUGAUGCCAUCGAGAUGGCCACUCUGGACAAGGAGAUGGCCGAAGAGCGGGCCGAGUCCCUACAGCAGGAGGCCGAGGUGCUGAGGGAGCGUGUGGAAGAGCUCACUACGGACUUGGAAAUCCUCAAAGCCGAGAUUGAAGAGAAGGGUUCAGAUGGCGCCGCAUCCAGUUAUCAGCUCAAGCAGCUUGAGGAGCAGAAUGCCCGCUUAAAGGAUGCCCUGGUGAGAAUGCGGGAUCUUUCUUCCUCAGAGAAGCAGGAGCACGUGAAACUCCAGAAGCUCAUGGAAAAGAAGAACCAAGAGCUGGAAGUUGUGAGGCAACAGCGGGAGCGUCUGCAGGAGGAGCUGAGCCAGGCAGAGCGCACCAUUGAUGAGCUCAAGGAGCAGGUCGAUGCUGCUCUGGGGGCGGAGGAGAUGGUGGAGACGCUGACAGACCGGAACCUGGAUCUGGAAGAGAAAGUGCGCAAAUUGAAGGAAACCGUGGGGGACUUGGAAGCAAUAAAUGAAAUGAACGAUGAACUGCAGGAGAACGCACGUGAGACAGAACUGGAGCUGCGGGAGCAGCUAGAUAUGGCGGGUGCACAGGUCCGGGAUGCCCAGAAGCGUGUGGAAGCAGCCCAGGAGACCGUUGCAGAUUAUCAGCAAACCAUCAAGAAGUACCGCCAGCUGACCGCCCACCUGCAGGAUGUAAAUCGGGCUCUGACAAACCAGCAGGAAGCGUCUGUGGAAAGGCAGCAGCAGCCACCUCCCGAGACUUUUGACUUCAAGAUCAAGUUUGCCGAGACUAAGGCUCAUGCUAAGGCAAUUGAAAUGGAAUUGAGGCAGAUGGAGGUGGCCCAGGCCAACCGGCACAUGUCCCUGUUGACAGCCUUCAUGCCCGACAGUUUCCUUCGGCCAGGUGGGGACCAUGACUGCGUUCUGGUGCUGCUGCUCAUGCCUCGUCUCAUUUGCAAGGCAGAGCUAAUCCGGAAGCAGGCCCAGGAAAAGUUUGAACUAAGUGAGAGCUGUUCAGAGCGACCAGGACUUCGAGGAGCUGCUGGGGAGCAGCUCAGCUUUGCUGCUGGGCUGGUGUAUUCACUGAGUCUGCUGCAGGCCACACUCCAUCGUUACGAGCACGCCCUCUCUCAGUGCAAUGUGGACGUGUAUAAGAAGGUGGGCAGCCUCUACCCUGAGAUGAGUGCCCACGAACGCUCCUUGGACUUCCUCAUUGAGCUGCUGCACAAGGAUCAGCUGGAUGAGACUGUCAACGUAGAGCCUCUCACCAAGGCCAUCAAGUACUACCAGCAUCUAUACAGCAUCCACCUUGCUGAACAACCUGAGGACAGUACCAUGCAGCUGGCUGACCACAUUAAGUUUACCCAGAGUGCCCUGGACUGCAUGAGUGUGGAGGUGGGACGGCUACGGGCCUUCUUGCAGGGUGGGCAGGAGGCUUCAGAUAUUGCCCUCUUGCUCCGGGACCUGGAAACUUCGUGCAGUGAUACCCGCCAGUUCUGCAAGAAGAUCCGGCGGCGGAUGCCAGGGACGGAUGCACCUGGGAUCCCGGCUGCACUGGCCUUUGGACCACAGGUAUCCGACACACUCCUCGACUGCAGAAAACACUUGACGUGGGUGGUGGCGGUGCUCCAGGAGGUGGCAGCAGCUGCUGCCCAGCUCAUUGCCCCACUGGCAGAGAACGAGGGACUGCCUGUGGCUGCCUUGGAGGAGCUCGCUUUCAAAGCAAGCGAGCAGAUCUACGGGACCCCCUCCAGCAACCCCUAUGAGUGUCUGCGCCAGUCGUGCAGCCUCCUCAUCAGCACUAUGAACAAGUUGGCCACAGCCAUGCAGGAGGGGGAGUACGAUGCCGAGCGGCCCCCUAGCAAGCCUCCCCCAGUUGAGCUGCGGGCUGCGGCUCUUCGUGCAGAGAUCACGGAUGCUGAAGGCCUGGGCUUGAAGCUUGAGGAUCGAGAGACAGUUAUUAAAGAGCUGAAGAAGUCACUGAAAAUCAAGGGGGAAGAGCUCAGUGAGGCCAACGUGCGGCUGAGCCUCCUGGAGAAGAAGCUGGACAGUGCUGCCAAGGAUGCAGAUGAGCGCAUUGAGAAAGUCCAGACUCGGCUGGAGGAGACCCAGACGCUGCUGCGGAAGAAGGAGAAAGAGUUUGAGGAGACCAUGGAUGCACUUCAGGCCGACAUCGACCAGCUGGAGGCAGAGAAAGCUGAGUUAAAGCAGCGAUUGAACAGCCAGUCCAAGCGCACGAUUGAGGGGCUCCGGGGGCCCCCUCCCUCGGGUAUUGCCACGCUGGUCUCUGGCAUUGCUGGGGAAGAACAACAGCGAGGAGGUGCCCCUGGGCAGGCUCCGGGGUCUGUGCCUGGCCCAGGGCUGGUGAAGGACUCACCCCUGCUGCUUCAGCAGAUCUCGGCCAUGAGGCUGCAUAUCUCCCGGCUCCAGCAUGAGAAGAGCAUCCUCAGGGGAGCCAGGAUGAAGGCAUCCUUAGCAGCCCUGCCCCCUCUGCAUGUGGCCAGACUCUCUCUCCCGCCCCGUGAGGGCCCUGGCGGCGAGCUUGCUGCUGGAACGCUGUAUCGCAAGACCAGCCAGCUGCUGGAGACGCUGAAUCAGUUGAGCGCGCGCACCCACGUGGUGGACAUCACUCGCUCCAACCCUGCUGCCAAGAGCCCGUCGGCCCAGCUCCUGGAGCAGGUGGCUCAGCUCAAGUCCCUAAGCGACACCAUUGAGAAGCUCAAGGAUGAGGUUCUUAAGGAGGCUGUGUCUCAGCGCCCUGGAGCCACAGUCCCCACUGACUUUGCCACCUUCCCUUCAUCAGCCUUCCUCAGGGCCAAGGAAGAGCAGCAGGAUGACACUGUGUACAUGGGCAAAGUGACCUUCUCGUGCGCGGCUGGCCUUGGGCAGCGACACCGGCUGGUGCUCACCCAGGAGCAGCUGCACCAGCUUCACGAUCGCCUCAUCUCCUAA